AUGACGGCCGUAUUGCUUCCCCGGCAGUCAUUGUCCCCGGAUCUUUCGCCAACUGCCCAGCACUAUUUUCUCCACGACUCUGGUAUCCGGAUCAAGUCUGAGCCCAUGCAAAAUGUCUAUCCGGCACGGGACUGCCCCAGCCCCGUCGCCUCCGCAAUUUCUUCCCUCCCGCCUUCCCCCAACUUUACCCCGACCGACAGCUCUUACACUCCCAAUAUCAGCGACCUCUCGCUCUCUCUCGAUGACGAUUUAACAUUACCCGCUUACGAGGGCGCCUCGGCAAAGGAGUCCGAUGUAAUGAGCGAUGCGUCUGAAGGCUCCGCGACACCCCGGUCUCGUCAAACCCCGGCUGCAGACGAUACCUCCGUUGAGGAAGAACCCUCUCGACAUGUCGACUAUCUCUCUCAUGAAUGGCGCGAGGAGGAUAUUUGGGCUUCCUGGCGCUACGUGACCGCUCGCAGGGGCGACUAUAGUAAUGGCGUGCGUCUCGAGAACGCGUCGUGGCGAACGUGGGCUAAGGCCAAGCACAACCUCGGGACCAUCUCUCCAGAGACAUUGAACUGGCUGAAGGACUGUGAUGUAACAUGGCUCUACGGACCCCUCAAAACCUCAAGCUCGACCGACGAGUCGGUGUCGGACGUCUCGCCACCACCCAGCCGCCUUGACACACCUAAUUCCUACAUGGACCGAAAACCAAUUUUGAAAAAGAAAACCGCAUCCGAAACCAUGCUGCAGCGGUCACUAUCGCAGCACACCCUUCUGCAACAUGCAGGAGCUAUCCUGAAAGCUCAAGAGGCCAGGAACGGCUGGGCACGACCUCCCCUGGUCAGGUCCAAUACCGAUCUGGACCACAUCCACCAUCGCACGGGAAGCUCGACCUACUCGAUGGGGGGUACCUUGACGACCGCCACCUCGUCGGGAUUGGCAUCACCGAGUGAGCGGCGCCAUAUUCACUUCAACAACGAAGUCGAGCAGUGCAUCGCUGUGGACAUCAAAGAGGCCGACGAGGACUGGCCUGUCACCUUUGAAGAUGAAAGCUCAUCGGAUGACGGCGUGGUGAUGAUGCGGCAGAUGUCGGGCAAAUCCUCUCUUAGCAAUCGAAGCACACCCCGAAAUAGCUUCAGCAGCGACAGUAAAACCAUCGCUCCCCUCCCCUCUACCACUCUAAAAUACCGGGGAGACAUCUCCGAGCCCAAGGGCGGAUGCAUCCUUGAUCGAUGGUCUGCCCUCCCUUAUUCCUCUACCUUGUCACCUACUCCCUCCGUGGAGACUCUCCGUCCACCCUCCCAAUCCGCCAACUUUCUUCUUGAUGAGGAUGAUGAGGAUCCCAGUUUGGAUUUCACUGGUCAGUACACGAAUAAAGACCGAGGCUGGUUCAUGCCAGAAGAUGCAGACGAACUUGGCGACCGACCCAUGCAGCUCUCUGCCUCGGGUAUGUUUGUACCCUAUGGCGAGGGCGAAGGGGGAGAAGCGGCCAACAAUGGUCUGCUCGGACGAGUUGUCGACACCGUCAACACAGCGCGUGACAUCGCCCACGUUAUUUGGAACGUAGGUUGGCGACGAUGA